AUGACUCUUGUCAUGUUGUUCGCUAUAGGAUGAUUUAUUUGUCACAUUGAUUAGUAGUGUUCACCAAAUUUUUGUAUAAUGAUGUGAUAUAAGUGUACCCAAACGAAUAGUUUUAUUUUUUAUGUAAUAUUCAAUAUGGUCGAUACAGUUGACCACUGGGCAACUGUAUGUGUCUGUAACCUUUGUGGAAAUAUACCUGAGAGCGUUCCUCUGUUCCAUUGUCCAUAUCAGCAUCAAUAUUGUAACAGUUGCUUUUUAGAACUCAAAAAGAGGCACCGAGGUUUGGAAGAGAACCAAUGUUUCUGUGAAGUGUGUGAAUCACCAAUGACUUUCAGAGAAACCAGAAUAAAUCCGGAAUUUUUAAAAAAACUAAAAUCAAAUCCUGGUAUAGGAAGGCCGCACCGCUAUGAUUCAAACCCACGAUCUAACACAACCAAGAACAGCAGUGCUGAAAGCGAAGAUUGUCAACAAUCGGCGAAACCUCUAACAGUGGAAUAUCUUUUUGGUCUUCCAAAAUCAGAUCUGAAUAAGCUGUUUGAAAGAAAAAAUCGAGGAGAUGGCCUGGUCGUACAGAAGCUGACUAAGGCACAAUCUAACAUUUCCGGAAAUCGAAAAGUUUCAGUUUUCAGUAGACCAAAUUGCAAUUAUCUCAAUUUGUCACAGUUUUCGUCCCAUAAACCAGUGGUUUGCCCCCAUUACUUGUGCAAUAGGAUGAUCGCAGUUUCUUCAUUUGCCAGUCAUUUCCGUUAUGAACAUCCUGAAUUGAAAAAAUACGCCACAGAACGGCAUAAGGACAGUUUAUUGCCUUUCGAUAUAUCCCUAACUGAAUGCGGUAGAAGUUUAUGCCUCGCCAUCAUCACAAUUUACGAGAACAAUAAAAUUGAUCUGGUGCGAUCCAGAAGCACACAUAGCGUGAUUAAAACAUGUCGGAAAUUCUGCCAGAAGGUGCCUGUCGAUUCGUUUUGGGUUAUGCUGAGUGGUUCCAGGUCCAAGAAAAAAACGAAGUCCUACAUCCUUAUCUGGUUGUUCUCCAACAGUACCAACAAAUAUCAUAGUACUAUUGAACUAUCCUCUAAAAAUGACAACGUGAGUUUUUCCUGUUUCAGUGAAAUCAACGGCAUCCCAGAAAACCUUAACGUUGAUGAAGUCGCAAAAAAAUUUAAUUGUCUUUAUAUUGGUUAUGGUUCGGCAGCUGGGUUGUUGAGAGAAGGUAGUGAUUUGAAUCUUAGAAUUGCAGUACAUUAAUAUUUCUGUAAUAAAAAUCAUUUCAAUUGAA